AUGGCCACAACCUUCUCCAACGCGACUGCGAUUCCGCACAACACCCACGCACAUGCUCCCUACCAGCACCACGCAUACCGCAAGUCGACGCACUCGCAGUACUCGCCCACGAACUCUGGCGUCAACACCCCCGCCAAUGUUUCGCCCACGUCCCCGCACACCACACAUCUGCCCCUCGCCCGCCAUCAGGGCAUCUAUCAGCCCAGAACCGCCAUCGGCAUACCCGCAGCGCUGCGCAAGACUGAAAAGCCCAGCAGCAGGUCGCCGCCCAAGGUCGACUCUGGCGUCAGCUCUCCCAACCAGGCAUGGUCAGCUGGAGCACAUGGGUGGGUCGCCAACGAGGGCAACGCGACUCCCGUCUCGCAGAUUGGCAAUGAAGACAUGCAGAGCCUCUACAACGUCGAACCACUGUCGCCCGUAGCUGGGCCAAUCACACGCAACCACUGGCAGGCUGACGGUUCCACUUCGGUUUGCUCCGCAUCGUCCUGCCAGGAGCCCUUCGGCUUCUUCCAGCGUCGCCACCAUUGCCGCAAGUGCGGCGGCAUCUUUUGCUGGCAACACUCGCGCAACAAUGUCCGUCUCGAUGAGCUCGCGCGGUUCCAUCCAGAAGGUCAUUGGCACCGUGCCUGCGAUCGUUGCCACAGCUCGUUCCGCGAGUGGGAGCACCUCCGCUCCAGCCGCACCAACAGCCAGAGCUCAGACAGCAGCAAUGCACCCAGUCCAGCGGCGAAAGCCAUCGAGGCUCCUGUUACCGCGAAGCGCCCUGAGAAUACCCGCGUGGGUAGCAUUGCGCAAAGCUUCCAGGGCACGUGGAACUGGAGUACCUUCUAA